AUGACCGAAGUUCGUAUCCGCGUGGCGGUUCGGUUGCGUCCCCUCCUCCCCAGGGAGCGCCUUCACGCCCACCGAGAAUGUCUACGGGUGGUCCCUGGCGCCCCGCAGGUCAUCCUCGGCUCCGACCAGGUCUUCUCCUUCGACCACGCAUUCGGGCCGAGCGCAAGCCAGGACGAAGUGUACGAUUCGUGCGUGCGGCCGCUGACCAGGUGCCUGCUGGACGGAACCAACGCCACUGUCUUCUGCUAUGGACAGACCGGCUCUGGGAAAACAUACACGCUUGGUGGCAACAAGAUGGAUGCAGAAGGCGGCAUCAUAUCAUGCUUGGCCAAGGACGUGUUCUCACUGCUGGACAAGCAGCGAUCUGAGGGCGUAGAGAUUGCUGUACGGGUGUCGUAUUUGGAACUGUACAAGGAGGAGCUUCGUGACCUGCUGGAGCUCGACACCUCCCGCAAAGAACUUCAGAUCAGAGAUGAUUUUCGGGGGAACACAGUGGUCGUUGGUGCCAAAGAAGUGGCGGUCUCCUCCUGUGACGAGCUCCUUAACGUCUUGGAGAUGGGCAAUGCUUUGCGCCAAACGGGUGCCACCCGAAUGAACGAGCACUCAAGCCGUUCGCACACCGUCCUCACACUGUGGCUCCGACAGAGUGCCUCUGCAGGGUCUGACAGGCCUGAACGCUUCUCUAAAUUCUGCGUGGUGGACCUAGCUGGCUCAGAGCGCGUGGGCAAGACUGGAAAUACAGGAGUCCGUUUUGAGGAGUCAGUGCACAUCAAUACAGAUCUGCUAGCUCUGGGAAACGUCAUUCGGGCCUUGGCCCAACCUGGGCGACAACGCAGCUCCUACAUUCCGUACCGCCACGCAAAGAUCACCCGUCUCCUGCGGGAUUCGCUGGGCGGUAACGCCUGCACCCUCAUGGUGGCGUGCGUGAGCCCCUCUCACCACAGUUUUGCUGAGAGCUUGAGUGUACUCAGGUUUGCCUCCAAGUCUCGCCGCAUUUAUCACCAUACCGAGUUGGCAACGCCGGAACCUGAUUGUGAUGAGGCUUUAACUACCAUGCUGACUUCUGCUGACCAGCCUAAAUAUGACGUUCAGCCUCUAAGGCCAUCAGGACGUGAUUUUACUCCACACCAAGACGUGAUCCACAGAGAAGAGUCAACCUAUUUAUCACUUGUACAUCAAGCUGCAGAUCUCUUAUCAGAGGCAUGCGGAACAGACACGCAAAAUGACACUUUGACACAAAGAGUGCAUGAGUGGCAGGAGCGGGUAAAGGCCAUCAGUCAACCACGUUGCAGCAAAGACAUCAUCUUGUCAGACAAGGGAGAUUCACCCCAUCUGGUCACCAUUGUACAGCUCAGACAGGAUCUGAAGAAGUGUCAGGAGUCUUUGGAGACAGAGGCUCGACUCGUGGCACAAAAAGAUGCCAAACUAAAACAAGUGCAAAAAGAAGUGCAGGAACUGUUAGAGAAGCAAAAUGUCCUCCUAAAGACUUUUUGUGAAGAGAAGGAACAGACGGAGCGACUGGUGGACCAGCAGAUCCUGAUUGACCGCCUUCGUUGCGACCUCAUGGCAAUCCGGGGUAAAACACUUGGCACUUCUUGCAGAUCUCACCCCAGACCACACAUUGCCAGCUUAAUAAGACCCAGCUGCGGACACACAUUGAUCAGUAAGAUUUGUCCUGGUCUGCCUGGCGAGUCGCUGGAGAGGCUGAUGGCAACUUUUAAGGUCAGCAACCACCGCCUGCAGAGCCAGGAGGAGGUGAAGGACUUUUGUCCUCUGCUCAAGCAGAAGGCAGAGCUUCAAAGUCAAGAGAAGGACAACUUUGUUAGUGGGCUUGGCUGGACCAGCAGGCAGAAGAAAUCCGCCCUGAAAGAAAAACACCUUCGACCGGACCAAACAUCACUGCAAAGAAUUCAACAGAAAACCUGGACCAAGCGACAAGCUGCUGAGCACUGUCGUAUGAAAGACCUGAGACAGAGUCUGACUCAGAGGAGGAUCCAGAUGCUGUCAGCCAAUAUGGGCCUGAAAGAGGAGCUUGUCAGAGAAAUGGAAAAGACAGAGAAAGAAAUGCUUGGGGCGGUCCGGCACGACGCGGGCGAUCAAGGUGAGGACAAAGCUCUCACGUGGCUGUCGGAACAGACCAGACAGGCUCGCUUGGCACUGCAUCACAGCCUGCAGCACAUGGACCUAUAUAGGGCUCAGCUGCAGAAGACCCUCAGGCGGCCAAGCCCGGAAAGCAGCGACAACUCUGGAGAGUCAGAACUGUUGUGUCUGCAGUCGUGUGAGUCGUGUUGGUUGGAUGAGGCCGUGGAACAUGAGCUACAAAGGAGUGUCACGCAGCAGGAGCUUGACAAGGAGUUAAGCAAGAGCGAGGAGGUGCGCCGGCGCAGAGAUGCGUUCCUUAAGCGCAAGAACUUGUUGGAGACUGAGAGGUUGUGCUCCAGUCAGGUUCUGAGUCAGAACCUGCUUCAUGUGUCAGUGCAAAUGGAAACACUGGAGGAAAAGCAAGCAUCCACGACGGAAUUGGAGAAGGAGAGAGAAAUGCUUAGAAAGAGGAGAGACCACCUGGAUUCACAGCUCAAGGACAGCAUGGUGCUGACCAUGGAGGAGGAGCAGUUGGAAGAAGCUGUGGAGGUUCUGGAAGCAGAGUUGGUCUUCAAGCAACAAUCAAUCCAGGACAAGCUGGAGAAAAUUCGGAGCUCGGCGUCAGGCCGGAGUGCGCACCUUUCUGACAUCAGCGGCAAGCUGAGGACGCUCUCGCAAGCUGAAGCGUCGGAGCUGCUCGUCAAAUACUUCAGUAAAGUAGUGGACCUUCGCCAGACGCAAACUUCUAUGAAUCUGUACUGCAAGGAGUUGGAAAUUGACUGCGCCGAGCAGGCAGAGGCGCGCGGACAGUUGGAGGCCGCUGUGCACAACAUGGCCUUGGACACCGACCGGCGACUCACUCAGCAGCAGCAGGAGCACCAAAAGAACAUCCGCUUCCUCAUUAGCAAGCUCAAACAAGACAACUCAUCAGAAGAGGCCCAGCAAGCAAUCAGGGAGCGACUGCAGAGUCUGGAGAAGGAGUUGUUCUUCUACAAGCACUGCAACCGCAAGCUGAGGAAGCAGCUCAAAGAAUCCCAGUGCCUUGACCAGAGCCUCCAAGAGACCCCACUGGAACUAAACGGGUCCAAAGAUGCCAGAAGGCGAUUGCGCCAGCAGAGCCCGUCGUCGUCCUCGUCGUCUGCCGAUAAUGCCAAAACCCCUGCGGAGCACCAGAUUAGCGCGCUGGCUCGUUGCCACGGUUACAGCGAGCGACGGCCACCUGCGCCGCACGGGACGCGGGCCAGUGUCGGGCCGCGUCGCAGGAAGCUGAGGGAACCGGCCGGGCCGGCGAAGGACUCUGUGGUGGACACCGGAAUUGAGAUGCUGUCGGACGAGUCGCUGGACGCGUCCACCGGCAGCGAAACUCCAGACUUGGGGCCCGUGUGA